ACCCGGCGCGCGACCCCGCCGCUUCGAAUGUUGUGAAUCAAAUGUGGGGUUUGUUACAUUCCGCUGCCGCCGCGGCCAGUUCUUAAAGGGCCAGCCGCCGGCAGCCGCGCAAACCAACUGCGUCCUGCGCGUCCCUCGGCUCCCCUAGGGCCUGGGCCAAGAAAGACCGACCGCGCUUGGGCCUCGCGAGGCGGACGCCGUCCGGCGGACAACAAAGAGAGAGGGCCCCGGAAGGAGCCGGGCUGCCCCCGGACUGGGGGGUGGGGAGGGGAGCACAUUGUUCCGCAGGGCGGGGACUCUUAAAGGGUCCAGGCAGCCCCCCCCCCCCCGCCCCCCUGCCCGGCCUAGCCUUUCUAGAUCGCGAACAAAGGAGUCACCGUGUGGCCGGGCGGCCGAAGGGUUGUGAGCCCUGGCCUAGCCCCUCCAACCCACUGUUCCCCUGAUGCGACCAUGGGCUCUGGCAGUGACUAGGUGGCCACCCUCUAUCCCUGUGGGUCAGCGGCGAUUCUCUGCAGGACCUAGCAGCACUCCAGGCCAGCUCUGGGGAAGCCCCAGCCACGAGGGCCCCCUGGCCAGCCCACCUGCCCAGGAUGAGCGCUUACCCUCCCAGCAGCCGCUGCCCCGACCACCACACCUCUUCUUAGAGGAGCACCGAGCCUCGGCUCCUGCCGGCGGGAGCCCACGAAUGCUGCACCCAGCCACCCAGCAGAGCCCGUUCAUGGUUGAUCUCCACGAACAGGUGCACCAGGGACCUGUCCCUCUGUCCUACACAGUCACCACAGUGACCACCCAAGGCUUCCCCUUGCCUACAAGCCAACACAUCCCUGGCUGCAGUGCCCAGCAGCUCCCAGCAUGCUCCGUGAUGUUCAGUGGGCAGCACUACCCCCUCUGCUGCCUCCCACCCCCGCAGCUGAUCCAGGCGUGCACCAUGCAACAGCUCCCUGUGCCCUACCAGACCUACCCCCACCUCAUCUCCAGUGACCACUACAUCCUGCACCCGCCACCGCCAGCCCCUCCACCCCAGCCCGCCCACAUGGCGCCUCUUGGGCAGUUUGUAUCACUGCAGACCCAGCACCCCCGUAUGCCCUUGCAGCGGCUCGAUAAUGAUGUAGACCUGCGUGGGGAACAGCACCCCUUGGGUGGCUUCACUUAUUCCACCUCUGCCCCAGGCCCAGCCUUAUCCCCCUCAGUACCCCUACACUACCUGCCCCAUGAUCCAUUGCACCAGGAGCUGUCUUUUGGGAUGUCAUAUUCCCACAUGGUGCCACGAAGACUGAGCACCCAGAGAUACCGCCUGCAACAGCCACUGCCCCCACCGCCACCGCCACCGCCGCCAGCACCUUAUUACCCAAGCUUCCUGCCCUACUUCCUCUCGAUGCUGCCAAUGUCACCAACAGCGAUGGGGCCCACCAUCAGCCUGGAUCUGGAUGUGGAUGAUGUGGAAAUGGAGAACUAUGAGGCCCUUCUGAACCUGGCCGAGCGGCUGGGAGAUGCCAAGCCCAGAGGCCUCACCAAAGCAGACAUAGAGCAGCUCCCAUCUUACCGCUUUAACCCAGACAGCCAUCAGUCAGAGCAGACACUGUGUGUGGUCUGCUUCAGUGACUUUGAGGCGCGGCAGCUACUCCGAGUCCUCCCCUGCAACCAUGAGUUCCAUACCAAGUGUGUCGACAAGUGGUUGAAGGCUAACCGGACAUGUCCCAUUUGCCGAGCUGAUGCCUCCGAGGUGCCCAGGGAGGCUGAGUGAAGCCCCACAGCUGCCCACGAGAACCCUGCCUGAAGCUCUGGAAACUCGGGGGGACCCAGGGAGGACGGGGAGGGAAUGGCCCAGGCCUGCCCCUUCGUUCCCACCUGCAUCUCCAGAGCUGGUGCCAGGGUCCUCCCUGUGAGAAGCCCCUGCAAUAAGCCCCUGCAUUUGCCAAGC